AUUCUCGUGACUGAGAGUGGUAACAUGACAUGAAUAGUACUCAUCAUGAUCUCCUUAGAUCAGAAAGGUAAACCCCUUUCCAAAUUGGAAUGCACGCUUCCCGCUACUCUCACCUCAAUUUCCUUCACUCAAAAUUUUCCGGGAAAAUUAAUUCUCAAUUUUCCUGGAAAAUGCUAACCGUUUCGUUUCCUCUCGUUACUCACUCCUCCAUUCCGAAUCAGCUCACUUCCUUCCGUUCAUACCUCUCUCCCCCAGACUCCUCCUCCUCGCUUUCCCUCUCACGCGCCACCACCAAUCUCCGGAACUACAACAACCGUUUGCGAGCUUCUACCGGCGAAUCCUCCACGUCAACCAUCGCCGUUGACAACUCCGAUUCCGGCGAUUCCACCGCCUUCGUCAUCCGAGCUCGCAACCGGAUCGGCCUUCUCCAAGUCAUCACCAGGGUUUUCAAGGUCCUCGGCCUCACCAUCGACAGGGCCACUGUUGAAUUCGAGGGAGAUUUCUUCACUAAGAAGUUCUUCGUCACUGAUUCCCAUGGCAACAAAAUCGAGGACUCGGAGAACUUGGAGAGGAUCAAGCGAGCGUUGGUGGAGGCAAUUGGCGGCGGGACGGUUUACGUGGCGAGGUCGACGGGGAACAGAGGGAUUGUGGUGAGGAGGCCUGGAUUUGUGGAGGGGCUUGGGGAGCAUAAGGCGAAAGCAGAGAGAAUGUUUAGCUUAAUGGAUGGGUUUCUGAAGAAUGACCCUCUCAGUCUUCAGAAGGAUAUUCUUCAGCAUGUUGAGUACACGGUGGCGCGAUCACGGUUUAGUUUUGACGAUUUUGAAGCGUAUCAGGCUUUGGCACAUAGUGUGCGGGAUCGGUUGAUUGAACGCUGGCAUGAUACCCACAUUUACUUCAAGAGGACAAAACCUAAGCGCCUCUACUUCCUCUCCCUUGAGUUUCUUAUGGGCCGUACCUUGUCAAAUAGUGUCAUCAAUCUUGGCAUCCAGGAUCAAUAUGCGGAGGCCCUAAGCCAACUUGGAUUUGAGUUUGAAGUUUUGGCGGAGCAGGAAGGAGAUGCGGCCCUUGGCAAUGGUGGCCUUGCUCGUUUUUCAGCAUGCCAAAUGGAUUCUUUAGCAACUUUGGACUAUCCUGCAUGGGGAUAUGGUCUGCGUUACGAAUAUGGGUUGUUUCGUCAAAUCAUAGUGGAUGGCUUUCAACAUGAGCAACCUGAUUAUUGGCUGAACUUUGGAAACCCUUGGGAGAUAGAGCGGAUUCAUGUAACAUAUGAAGUGAAGUUCUAUGGGAGUGUUGAAGAGGUAGAUAUGGAUGGAAAAAAGCAUAACGCUUGGAUCCCUGGAGAGACGGUAGAAGCUGUGGCUUAUGACAACCCGAUACCUGGUUAUGGGACAAGAAAUGCCAUCAACCUUCGGCUAUGGGCUGCUAAACCCAGUAAUCAUUUUGAUUUGGAGGCCUCUAACACCGGAGACUACAUUAAUUCUGUUGUCAACAGACAAAGGGCUGAAACUAUAAGUAAUGUCUUAUACCCCGACGACCGUUCUCAUCAGGGGAAGGAGCUGAGAUUGAAACAACAGUAUUUCUUUGUCUCAGCAUCUUUACAAGACAUCAUUCGGAGGUUCAAAGAAGCACAUGAUAGCUUUGAUGAAUUGCCAGAACAGGUUGCUCUCCAUCUCAAUGAUACCCAUCCAUCUCUUUCAAUUGCUGAGAUUAUGCGAAUAUUAGUUGAUGAAGAACAUUUGGACUGGAAUAAAGCAUGGAACAUUGUAUGCAAAAUUUUCUCCUUUACAACUCAUACAGUGGUAGCUGAAGGACUAGAGAAAGUCCCUGUUGAUCUGCUUGCCAGCCUUCUCCCUCGCCAUUUACAGAUUUUAUACAAAAUAAAUUCUAAUUUUAUGGAUGAGUUGAAGAAAAGGAUUGGUUUAGAUUACAACCGACUGUCCCGGAUGUCAAUAGUUGAAGAAGGUGCUGUGCAGAACAUAAGAAUGGCCAACUUGUCAAUUGUUUGCUCCCAUACUGUGAACGGUGUUUCAAGAUUACAUUUAGAUACGCUGAAAACGAGAACAUUUAAGGACUUCUAUGAGCUAUGGCCUGAGAAAUUUCAAUACACAACAAAUGGUGUAACCCAGCGUCGUUGGAUUGGGGUGAGCAAUCCCAGUUUAUGUGCUCUUAUAUCAAAAUGGCUAGGGACUGAGUCUUGGAUUCGUGAUGCCGACCUACUUACAGGAUUGAGAGAUCAUGUUGACAAUACUGAUUUCCAUCAAGAAUGGAAAAUGGCUAAAAAGGUUAAUAAACUGAGGCUUGCUGAGUACAUUGAAGCAAUGAGUGGUGUGCAGGUCAGUUUGGAUGCAAUGUUUGAUGUUCAGGUGAAGCGUAUGCAUGAAUACAAAAGACAGUUGCUUAAUAUAUUUGGAAUUAUCCAUAGAUAUGACUGUCUCAAGAACAUGGACAAGAGUGACAGGAGGAAAGUUGUACCUCGUGUUUGCAUAAUUGGUGGAAAGGCGGCUCCUGGUUAUGAAAUUGCAAAGAAGAUUAUCAAACUUUGUCAUGUUGUAGCAGAAAAAAUCAAUAAUGAUACUGAUAUUGGAGAUCUUCUGAAAUUGGUUUUUAUCCCUGACUAUAAUGUCUCCGUUGCUGAAUUGGUUAUACCAGGGGCUGACCUUUCUCAGCAUAUAAGUACUGCAGGACAUGAAGCAUCAGGAACUGGGAGCAUGAAAUUUUUGAUGAAUGGAUGUUUACUUUUAGCUACAGAAGAUGGUUCUACGGUGGAAAUAAUUGAAGAAAUAGGGUCAGAUAACUUGUUUCUCUUUGGUGCAAAAGUGCACGAAGUAGCAGAACUGCGUGAAAAAGGAUCUAAUUCGAAAGUACCUCUACAAUUCGCACGUGUGUUGAGGAUGGUUCGAGAUGGAUAUUUUGGCUAUGAAGACUACUUUAAAUCCUUAUGUGACACGGUGGAAGUUGGUAAUGAUUUUUAUCUUCUUGGCUCUGAUUUCGGGAGUUACCUUGAGGCACAGGCUGCCGCCGACAAAGCAUUUGUUGAACCAGAGAAGUGGAUCAAGAUGAGUAUCCUUAGUGUUGCCGGCUCUGGGAGAUUUAGCAGUGACAGGAACAUUCAAGAGUACGCUGAAAGGACAUGGAAAAUUGAUCCCUGCCGAUGCCCUCUCUGAUCUCUAGCAUUCCACUUGAAUAAGCUAACAACUAUUAAUAAAUGCCGACUAUUUAUAUUUAUAGAUGAGUAUUUACUGAAAAUAUUAGUGUUGUUUGGGAAUGCCAGAAGAAAUGAGACAGUGAGAAUUGUGACUGUAACUGUGGUAUUAGGAAUCAUAAUACCUUCCACAGUUAGAAUCACAAAAUUUUGGCCAUGACCCAUGACAUUUAGGUUAUCUGGACUUACUAAAGUGCUCAUUUGGUUCAUGUGUAGUUCGGUUACUGGACAAAUUUCAGUAAUGUAAUCCUGCUCGAGUUGGGUCAAUAUUGGCAACAUAAGCUGCUGGUUAAGUUGGACCAACCCCUUGCCAGCUGAUGCAUGGCGACAUAGCUGCUGGUUAAGUUGGACCAACCCCUUGCCAACUGAUGCAUGCUCUUGGUGGCAGUUAAAUUAGUCUUUAAAAGACAUUUUGUAUUCAUCUGAUUAGUGUGUAAAUGUACAUUUCAUCUGUAAAAUUAGUUUAUAAAAUCAUAAGGGCCAAUUUGGUUAAUAAGAUAUAUAUUUAGGAA